AUGCCCGCUCCAUCCAACACCCUCCUCAUUGAGGGUUCUUUCGCCGAGCUCGCCGACGAAUUCGCCCAGUACAUCGACGCUCUCCGCAAAGAGGGCAGCCUCCAGUCCGAGAUCGCCCCGCUCCUUGAGCCGAUCCGCCAACAGGAACAAUCUGAGGGCGAGCCCAACCUCAAGCAGCGCGAUGAGGUCUUGAAGAAGCUGGUGGCUUCUGCGACCGUUUUGAACAGUGCUCCCGAGAAGGAAAUCACUCCUUCCUACAACCUGCUUGUCCACCUUAUUCACCAGUCGUCCGACGCCGACGUGUUCCUUCCUCGCAUCUGCACCUAUCUCGCUAAGCCCAUUACCACCUCUCCCCAAUUCGGCCCUACAUUGGCCAUCUCGAUUCUCACCACUAUUUUUAACACCCUGUCCUCCAACGACUCCAGCCGCUACCAUGUUCUCCUGGCCAUUGUGGCCGUGAUCCGCCAGUCCGGCUCCGGAUACGCCUUCGAGGCCCUCAAGCCCCAGCUUGCCUCGCAGCUGCCCACCUGGCUCUCCGCUUGGGAGCUCGAUGACGAGGAGGCUCAGAAGCUGCACCUGGCUAUUGCCGAUGCUGCUACCGCCGCUGGUGAUGAUGAUCUGGCCCAGUCCCACGUUGUGCAGGCUCUGCAGACCAUCCCCUCUGCUGAUGCCAGCAAGCCCGCUGCUCGCGACCUCGGUGUGCGCGCUCUCGCUUCGGCUCUGCGACGCCCGGCUGUCUUCGACUUCACUCCUCUGACUGCCUCGGAUGCCGUCCAGUCUCUCCGAUCCAGCGACAGCACCCUCUUCGAACUGUUGGAGAUUUUCACCUCGGACACCCUUGACGCCUACGAGGCUUUCAUCAGCACCAACCCUCUCGCCUCAAUCUCUGGCGGCGUUCUCGCCGACGCCUCCGAUGCCCUGCAGACCAAGAUGCGUCUCUUGACCCUCACCUCGUUGGCUGCUUCCACUUCCUCUCGCUCUCUCCCCUACGCCGCUAUCGCCUCUGCCCUGCGCGUUCCCGCCUCCGAUGUCGAGAUGUGGGUGAUCGACACCAUUCGCGCCGGUCUCGUUGAGGGCAAGCUAUCCCAGCUGAAGCAGGAGUUCCUUGUGCACCGCGCCACCUAUCGUGUCUUCGGUGAGAAGCAGUGGGCCGAGGUUCAGGGCCGUCUGAUGGUUUGGCGCCGCUCCCUGGAAGGCGUCCUCACCGUCAUCCGUUCCGAGCGCGAGCGCUUCGUCCGCGAGGGUAUCCAGGCUGCCGCUGAUCAGGAGGCCGCGGCUGCUGGCACUAAGAAUGGCGACAAGGCCCGCUCCGGUGACCGCAGACGUCCCCAGUCGGCUCAACCCGUGCAACCGCGCGAGGUGGAGGCUGUUGGCGAGUAA